AGUUUUAGUAUUUACAUGACGCACUCAAAGGCAACAUUACCUUGCAGGAUAAAAUAGCCUGGUUUAUGCUUGUUUAUGUUUUAGCCGCAAACAAGCGUUUGUUCGAAAAACGCGAAAAAUCCUGAAAAAAUUGACAACUGUGGCGUUUAAAGCUAGUAAAACUAGCUAUGUCUUUUUGUCAUAUUUUACGAACACAGUUCGUCAGGACCAGGGCGGCCCAGUUAUGUCCCUUGCUGCGAGUUAGCCGAACCGAGAGAUCACUUUGCACCAAGAAGGACGAGGUGAAGCUGGCAGAGGAGGCUAGGAACGAGUUUGGUUCUUCAGGUCCAACUAUCUUCUCUAAAGUGAUUGAUAAAAGCAUCCCUGCAGACAUUAUUUAUGAAGAUGACAAGUGUUUGGCAUUCAGAGAUAUCAGCCCACAGGCUCCUGUUCACUUCUUGGUUAUUCCAAGAGUUCCAAUCCCAAGAAUAAGUGCAGCCACAGAUGAUGACGCAGAGCUCCUGGGACAUUUAUUAGUUGUUGCUAAAAAUGUGGCAAAGCAAGAAUGUUUAACAGAUGGCUACAGAGUGGUGAUCAACGAUGGAAGAGAUGGAUCCCAGUCAGUCUACCACCUUCAUGUCCACGUCCUGGGAGGAAGACAGAUGAUGUGGCCACCAGGAUAAGGAUUUCAUAAAGAAAUGUGGAAAAAGUAUUUUCUUUGACAUUUUCAGGAUGAAAUGUGCUGAUCCUCACAGAUAAAAACAAGUUUGACAAAAGUUCAAAUAGAAACACUUAAUUUUAUCAAAGCUUGCAUUUUUAAUGAGCUACAAUUCAUUCACUUAGGAAUGUUUUCAGCAAGGCUGGAACCAAACUAAUUCAAACCGGUUACAUUUGUUAUCGCGCUCAUUAUGUGAAACCAAAUCUUGACCAGUUUGAACAAAAUGUUCAGCUGCAGAUAAGUGACUCAUAUAAGUUCUGAAAAUGAGAAGCAAGCAAAUCUUGAACCUGGUUAUCCCAAAAAAAGAUGUUUAAUAAAGAUUGUCUGUUACCACGCUGACAUUCAGCAAAAUACACGUCUAAUCCAAUCAUUCUCAUAGUUUUCUUUAAUUAAUGCUACUUUUUUCUGCCUCGUUCUGAUAAAAAUAUUAAAAUGUUUAGAUUUGAUUUUGUUCAUACCAAUCAAGCAAAAGAUGUGAUCUCAUUUUAAAUGCUUUUAUUUUGAAAAACCAUUUAAUUUACCUGUAUGAGUGUAUUAAAGAAAAUUAUUAAGCUUAAUUUUGAUUAAUUAUUGCAAAAACAAUUAAAUAAAGCUUUAAAAACACCA